AUGAUUCAUCCAUCAUACUGGCUGACAAACCAGGCGAUUGAUUUGGUCAACUCUGAUGAAUACAAGAAUCUUCACGCGGAGUUUAUGACAGCUUUCUCUACGGAGAAAAUUCAGACCAAGCCGCCGAUCACGACGAUGGGAGAGAGGGACGUUCUGUAUGCCCUAGCGCUCAAUAGCCUCACUGCGCUGUUCAGCAUAUUCUAUGAUCAUAUUCAACCAAGGUUUUCUAAGACACAUGGUGACCCAUCUUUUUGGCGGAACACUAUGCCUUACUGGACGUUCAAUACGUUUGCAUUCAUUGAGCAAGGGGUGAAGGACAAAGAGCGCAAUACGAUAUCUCUUUGUGAAAAGCAUUUCAAUCCUGAAUCUUGUCGUAUGAAUGUGCAUCAAAUUUUUUCGAUAAUCUUCAUCGACGCUGCUCUUGACCGUCGCUGUUGCUUCCUUUGCCCAUUUGGUCCUCAUUAUUGA